UGUCACAAAAGGGUUACGUGCCGGAGGUUUGGGAAAGUUUCUGGGGGGGGGCUCGGGAACGGGUGAGGUCGCCUCUCUCCAUGGCGAUGAAUUGUUUCGCUCCGUUUCCCGGGGGGUGAGGAACAACUGCUAUCUGACCUUCAGAAAUGAUGCCCUAAAACUUUGCUUGUUCCUGUGGGUCAAAUGCUGUUAAUCUUAAAGCAGUUGUUUCUUUGCAUCCUCAUCCUUGAGAUUAGCCAGAACCUGGCGUCGGUGAAGAAAACCAAUACUGACACCGGCGUAGAUUUGUUUAAAACUAGAAGUGCAGCCAUGUUUAAAAUUGUGUCUUUUGACACACCAACUGGUGUAGUACUUGCAAUUACCUUUGCAAGCAAAGUGAAAAGUAAUUACCAAAUAGAUUGGAAGGCUGUGCAAAAAGAACACAGGGAACGGAUACUAUCAACAGAUAUUGAACAAUGCAAGGAUAAACUAUGGUGCAAUGCACCAACAUCUCCAUAUAAUUCUGUUGAAGUAAUUCUACAAAACCUGGGUGAAAAUAAAAAAAUUAUUAAAAUGAUUAAUAUUGAUCCACUUAAGUAUCGAGGAUAUGAUCCUUCAGUAAUUAAGGAGAAACAUGGUUGUGGUGCUCAUCCAUGCUUGAAUAAUGGAAAAUGUGUUUUAAGGCCAGAGACUUCACUUGGAUAUGUGUGCAUUUGCUCCCCUGGAUAUUCUGGAGACUUCUGUCAAUGUGCUGCAAGUACAAAUAAAUCUGCAUCAUCGGCUUUGACUACUGGAUGUAUUGUGAUACUGCUUCUCCUCAUUGCACUAGGUUACUUGAUUUACUUGCAUUUUUUCAGGGACCGGAAACAUUGUCCCUCAGAUGAAAAACCAACAAUGGAUCAACAACCACAUUCAAGAAUGCCACCCAGAGUGCAUAAACCGAGAGUUUUCAGACCCAAGGAUCGAGAAUCACCUACACAAAAUGAUGAACAGAAAAAUGUUAGAUUUCAAGUUGAAGCAGCGCGAAAUGACUUUGAGGAAGAUGAUGAAAGUCCAAAGCAAAGUGAUGUGAAGUUGAGAAAAAAUCAUUCCCUUACUGAUAUCACAAAAGCUAUCCCCAGAUUUUCAUCAGUUGCAUUCAAAGCUUCCCCCAAUGUUGUUAUUCCUCUGCAACUGGAUCCUCAACUUCCUUCUUGGGAGACCAAACUCAGUACAGCUGCUGGAAAGAAACCCCCAGAAGACGAUAACUUAAGUGCAACCGAAGAAUCAAAUGAAGAGAUGGCUCGGCCAACAUCUGGAAACAGUUGUCCAUCUGGUGUUCAGAAUGGUCAAGCUGGUAUUCAGAAUGAGGCCCCAAGUGAAUAUUUUGUUGACAGCAUGCCAUCAACUGAUCAUGAAAGCAAUGCAAAUCAAGAAUUGCCAUCAAGUUCCCGAUCUGAUUCAAUAAAAUCUUCAAUUUUAAAAGAAGAUAACGAUUUUGAAAGCACCAAUAGCUGCCGUUUGCCUGGCAAUACAUGGGAGAUGCCAAGCCCAAUGGCAAAUGAGGACUUACUCGACAAAAAACUUCAUUAUUUAGUGAGCAGUGGUAAACAGAAAUCUAUAACAGAUAAAAAAUUCCAAAAAGGUGACCUUCCUACACAGAAGGACUUCAUAAAUGAAUACUGCUCGGAAGCUCCUUCACAAGCCCUUCUGCAGUACAACCAUGAUUGUGAUACAAGUAGUCAGUCUUCAGAUAGUAGUUGUUCGUGUGCUGAACAAUCCGCAUAUUGUGCUCUAAAUAACAUUUCUUUACAAGACAACUGUGAUACCCUUGUUUUCAUUCCAAGGAGACCAACAGCUAGUAAUCUACAACAAGAGUGUGCAGAACAGGGUUCCAGCACUGAAGGUUCACAUGUUAAGGAGCAAAAAUUAGUCUUCCCUCGGCAUACCAAGAGUGGUGCAGUCAUUUAUCGACUUAGCGAUCCUGAAGCUGAAUUCAAAGACUAGUUUUAAAGUGGUAGGUCACUGAAUCACUGAACUGAUUGGAAUGGUACAAGAGAUCCAAUUUACUCAUUAAGACUUUAUCA